UGGACUUGAAAUUUUAUGUAAACCUUAAGCUGUGAUGCUCUGGUCCCAGAACAAAACUGGGGGCGGGGAAAUGACCCUAACCCUCACAGGCCAGUUUCCAUUCUGCCCAUGGGCUUCCUGCAGGGCAUGGCCUGUUGCGGCUGAUUCAGUCCUUGGCUGAUGCUGGCUUAAGGAAAGACCCGGAAGCAAUAAUCAGCAUGUGACCAGAGUUCAGCAUUCUGUUUUCGCAUUUCGAGUUGACUUGUGUGGAGAAGCAGACCACAGAGUGUGCAGUCGCACCACCAUGGUGCGAUUCCACCCGAUGCGCCGCAAUCGUCGCUUGAUCCUUGGCCCGGAAUCACCCAACAGUCAGCACACGAGAUGGCUCUUGGCACGAUCCCAACUGCCAAGAGCACUUCACGGGCGUCGCAUAUUAGACUUAACUGUCCAGUUGAACAUGAUCGAGCUGGCUCAACGUGAGACAUCAAACGGUUUCAAACCAAGGCUCGAACGCUUUUCAUUUGCAUCGCAGCACCUUCGGCUCAUAUCCAAACUCUCCUACUUCCCAUCUCGCGAGAUUCGUUCACCAGUCAUCAUGUUGAGACGAGCCCCUUUCUCCCCCACCAUGCGACUCGCCGCGGCCGCACACCCGGGCAUGCACAGCGCUGUAGUAGCAAGAUCCGCACCGAAGACAAUUGUCCCAGGAUUGGUGGUUGUUGGCGCUGUAGUCACGGGCGUUGUAGCACUUAUUCGGGCUCAACUGCGGAGGGAAUCGGAGGCAAUAAACCGCGCCUUCUCGAGACAAAACACGCCGGAGGCGCUUGAAAGGAGAAACCGCAGUCUCCUAGUCGAUACCGAGGGAGAUCCGAAGAAGACACUGUACAAUGUUUUGAAUUGGUGAAGAGUAUCUCCGCCUGUACUCGGCAAGGUAAACAAAGAAAUUUUGCUAUAAAGAAAGCAAUAUUUGCACGUAGAUUAGUGGUCAUGGAUUCUCUUGUUAAUCACUCGCUCGAUGCCAUACCUCCUGGGACUAUCUACCUAGGUAAGGUAGGUAGGCAGUCGUCUUGUACUUGCCGUGUCUCAACGGAGGAAAAGAGAAUCAGGAGGAUGGAAACUGAUCGUCUCAUUCACUGAGUGAAGAAGCGUUU